GAAAACUUAGAAGAUUGAAUUUGAAGUUGUAAAUGAAAAUUAGACUCCCAGCUCUGAAUUUUUGCUACCUCCUACUUCAUCUAGUGUUGUAACGUCCAUAUCGUCCUCGAUACAUAUGAUUUUCGCGGGAAGCUACCGUAUUUUUUUAAUUCCUAAUUGGCAACUACGUGGAAUUCAAUUUUUGAAAGAACGAGAAUGAAAGCUAGGUUUUGCAGAAGCAAGUGCGGUAAGUCGAACACGUCCACUGAGAGCGAACCACUCGAGAAGUGUCUUACCCUCUGCUCUGGUACUUUAUAGCAAACAUGUGUUCGUGGUAUGCUUCCUAAAAGGGAACAGGACGACAUUACUGAAGCACUUCUAAACUACUAAGCUAGUACCGAAACAAUUGCUGGGUUAAUGCUUGUGCUAUAAUUGCAUUUGAGAGGACUCGGUCUGCGAUCAAGCUGUCGGCUUGAUCCUGCUUCUACAUCACGCUUAUUUCAGAUACUCCAGCAAGGUAUUUGGUAAUUGAUGUUAUAAUAUGCCCCCGCCCUUGAACCCCACGGCCCUCUUUCUUACCUAUUUGCCGUUUGUUGUGUCACACACUUUUUCAAACUGAACAAGUGAUCCAGAAGGAUUGCUCUUGUUCUUGUUGUUGUGAUCCUCUGUCAGCUUGAGGAACACAAGGACAUAGCUUAACUUUCCUGAGUCAGCUAAACUCUACUAAGUUACCUCAAGUAGAGCAAAAAAGUUAUUAAUCGACGAAUCAUGUGAAGAAAUAGUGAGCAAAAUGUCAACGACGAGCAGCCUCCCAGUCCUGACCCCACAUGACGUAUUCCGUGCGUGUGAGGGCUCUCAGGGGAAAAAGUGGAUUAUCGUGGACAACACCGUUCUGGACGUCGGUCCCCUGAUUGACGACAAAGAUGGCGCUCACAAGGGAGGCAAUGUGUUCGCCAUUGGACGCGACAACACCCAUCUGUUUCACGAGUUGCAUGCGAAUUUACCGAUGGGUCUUCAGUCCGUGCACCGUCCGGAUCUCGGCACUGACUCGGUAAGAAAACACAUCAUGGAAAAGGUGCGGAAACAUACUGUUGGUGUCAUUGCUUCGCCGACAGGGGCAAAGAGUGUGGAGGUGCCACUCACAUCCCCAGACCAUCGUUUUUGGGCCGCUUCUGAGCGGCGACCACCGUAUCUUGAGAAAGUCACCACAGCAAUCAAUGAUCCUGCCAGAGCCGCACAGAUACUUCAAGAACAAAUUGCUGUUCAAGGCCUUUCCCAGGUGCAGCAACGCGCAUUUUGGGCCGUUGUGGGUCUUCUUACCGCUGAUGCUGCUGCCCAACCGACACACUGGAAUUACAAGAUUUCCUAUUAUCAUCAGUACUUGAAAGUUAAGGGUUUUUAACCAAUUGUUACGUCCUCCACAACCUUCCCGCACUCUCUUUCUAGUAGGAAAGAGGUGGGGACCAUGUUCUGAGGAAUGUAAUGCGGUAACCUUUAAGGAAGGCAUCCACCGGUUUGACAAUCCUGAAUUCUUGUGUCCAACGCAAAAUCAGUACUACGAAGUACCCUGCGGAUCGAAUUCCUGUUUCGGGGACCAAGCGUGGGUCGUGCUGGAGACACUAGUAAGGACUUGUGAUUCUGAAGGACAAGGAGGUAGUCAACAGUCUUCUUUCAUCGACAGCUUAGUCGCAGCCCACCUUCGCGCUUUUGGUCCCGACACGUCAAAUUACGGGCCUCUAGGCAAUACGAAUGUGCAGUCGGCUGGUGACUUGCCGAUACGAGGUCCGUGGCGUCAUGGCAGCCUAGAUCGGUUUCUUAGAAACGUUUUGAUUGCUCGAAAAAAGUUCCCGGAAUGUGGAUCGAAUUUACGUUGAAAGUAGCAGUACAGGAUAGUUUGCGUGUGCAGGAUGCUACUACUUAAGUACCCUUAAUAAUACUAUGAUGUACUAGACGAGCGAGUAGAUUUCGAUUUGUUUACUUCUACCUAGGACCACUUAAACCUAACACAUAUUGUUCUACCAGACGUUUUCUAGUUCUACUACUAGCCACACAUCAAUCGGACAUUUUCAAGAACAUCAAACUCGUUUCUAACGGACGACGGCAGUUCGGACUGUUUUAUCCGCGCAGUGCCCGUGGUUGCUCGGUACGCGGGCGAUCCGUCUAUGCUGGAUCGCGUCUCUGAGGUGGUCCGCGUCACGCAGAACAAUGCACUGACAGUCGCUUGUGCCUGCGCCGCAGCCCGUAUUUUGGAGCAGAUCAUCCUGCAUGGUUGUUCAGGCAACGAGGCUGUGAAACGAUGUGCAGAGGCGAUUCUGACGGGCUCGGGGUCUGCCACAGGAAGUAGUGCUAGUAAUGCUCUACUAGUACAAGAACCUGGCAAGUUGGACAUGUUAAAGGGUGUUUUGGCUUCAUCUUCUUCUUCAAAGACAAGAGCAUCUUCUUCGUCAAGCACACCUUGUUCUCAAAGAAGACCUACAACAAAGUUAGACAGGGAGAUCGCUUCUCAACUACAGGAGUUAGAUGAGGAGUUGAGCCAGGAACCUUAUCUAGAUGGCGUCAAACUUUACUCUGGUGGAGCCUACAACGCUGUGACUGUUAGCUGA